AUGGCUGGGAUGGAAGAUGAGGAGAAUCCGGCUCCUGCGAAUGAGGUGAAACUGCCGCAGUCCGAAGCGAUUAUGGAGGCCAUCAUCCGCUCCACGAAGCCCCUGCCCAUCGACAAAGAGGACGACGCAUGCAACUGGAAGCGAGUUGAUCGCUGCUUGCUGCAGAUCUCGGAUCCCUUGGUCCCAUGGCUGCGUUGCAGAUGGAUCUUCUUCACUCUCGAGGUCGUCGGGUUCGGCCUUUGGAUCUAUGGCCUGGACCGGCACUACUUCGUUUCGUAUGUUCUUGCCAUCUACAUACUGAAUCAGGUGCUGCUGUUCAUGUCCCCUGCAACCGAGGAUGAUCGGCUUCUCUUGGGCAAGGGCAGCAGCGAGUAUCGGCCUUUCAUUCGCGCCCUCUCCGAGUUCAAGCUUUGGGGUCGAAGCGCGACCGCGACCACCGCGGCCUUCGUCGCAACUUUCUUCGAUGAUUUGGACCUGGAGGUAGACCCAAGCGUUCUCCUUCUCUACUUCCUGCUGCUCUUCAUCUAUACUAUGAAGCAGCAGAUCAUGCACAUGAUUCAGUACAGCUACGUCCCGUGGAAUCGGUCCAAGAAGCAAACCUCAAAAGAUGAGGCGUUAGAUGUCUAG